AUGACCUCCCAAGACAAGCGAGAAAGUGGUUUUUUUGAUAGCACACUAUCACCGAACGAUAAUUUACAAUCAAUAUGUAAAGAUCUCUCAAUCGCUGAAAAUUCACUAAUAUUUGCUAUACGAGAAUUCGAAUCUUCAAAACAUUAUAAAGAUUUAUGUGCUAAGGGAUUGGAAGCUGCUAAACAAAGCCAAAAUACUUUGAAAGAAAUUAAUAGAUUGAUGUUCAUUAAUAAUUCAUCUUCUAAUGAAUCUUCUAAUGAGUCCUCAAAAGAAGAGGAUAAUAAAACAACUGUUAAUCAUAGAUUCAAAGAAUUUAUCGAAGCAUCCGAGACUUUCCAAAAAUUAAGAAAUUGUUUUUGGGAGACCGGUCUUUUUCUCGGUUACAAUAAUUGUACCGAUGAGAUUGAGAUUCGUGGAAAGAUCAUUCAUCUAAUAAAUGAAUUGGUUCAAACGGAUAACGAAUUGCAAAAUGAAAUCGAAAACUGGAAAGCCAAACAAAAUUAUUGGUACCAAAUUAAAAAUAAAGUCAUAGCCUUUGCUAAAUUCAUUCUUAUUCCUCAGAGACGACUUGAACAAUUUGAGAUUGUUGAAAGUCAACUUUCGGAGGGUAAGAUGGUUAGAGGACGUAAAAGUCAUAUAGUUCAACGAACUUACUUAGAAUGUAUUAAAGUUGCUGAAACAACUAUUUGUCAACAUGAUGAUGAUCCUAUUUGUCGGCAUGAUGAUGAAUUUUUGUAUGAAUUAAAGAACGAAGUUAAAUUUAUGCAUGAUCUUCGUAAAUGUUCUCAUAUCCUUGAAUUGUAA